CUUUAUUUUGAAGGGCAUGACGGAUGUCAUCUAUUCUCGUGCUUGCUAACGUGAUGUUAUUUAUGGAGCGCCUAGUGUAGAACAGCGCCAUUAAAAGAAUAGUUACGCUGAACUUUUUCUUCUGACACUCAGCAUUCAGUCGUUCUAGCUAAGAAGGUUCUGAGUGGUCGCCGUGAGCAUGGCGGACCGGGAGGAGCGCCGCUUCGCCGAGGUUUCUCGGGAGUCUGUCAAACUCAUGGCCGAGAGUUCAGGCGUGGAGCUCGGCGACGAUUUGGCCGCUCUGCUGGCUGAGGACGUGUGUUACCGGCUCAGGGAGGCCACGCAGAGCAGCUCUCAGUUUAUGAGACAUGCCAAGAGGAGGAAGCUGACAGUGGAGGACUUCAACAGAGCUUUACGCUGGAGCAACGUGGAGGCUAUAUGUGGCUGCGGGGCCCAGGAUGCUCUUCCUUUCCGUUCAGUAAAAGAAGGAGAGCUUUUCUUCAUUGAGGAUCGGGAUAUAAACCUGGUCGAGUUGGCUUUGGCCACCAACAUUCCCAAGGGCUGUGCUGAGACCAUGGUGCGAGUGAAUGUGUCUUACCUGGACGGGAAAGGCAACCUGGAGCCUCAGGGGACAGUUCCCACAGCAGUGCAGUCUCUGUCAGACGACCUGUUGAAGUACUACCAGCAGAUCACACGGGCCAUCCUGGGAGAGGACCCCCAACUCAUGAAGGUGGCUCUGCUGGACCUUCAGUCCAACUCCAAGAUCGCUGCCCUCCUGCCAUACUUUGUUUAUGUCAUCAGUGGGGUGAAGUCAGUAAGCCAUGAUCUGGAGCAGCUCAACAGGCUUCUCCACAUGGUGAAGAGCCUGGUCCAGAACCCCUACCUGUACCUGGGCUCAUACGUGCGCAGCCUGGUCUCCAGCGUCAUGUACUGCAUCCUGGAGCCGCUGGCCGCCUCCAUCAACCCACUCAAUGACCACUGGACCCUCAGGGACUAUGCAGCCCUGCUCCUCAGCCACAUCUUCUGGACUCAUGGCGAUCUGGUGAGUGGUCUCUACCAUCAGAUCCUGCUGUCGCUCCAAAAGGUUCUGUCUGACCCAGUGAGACCACUCUGCUCCCACUAUGGCGCCGUGGUGGGGCUUCAUGCUUUGGGAUGGAAGGCUGUUGAGAGAGUGCUCUUUCCACACCUUCCUGCCUACUGGGCCAACCUCCAGGCUGUGUUAGAUGACUACUCUGUUUCCAAUGCCCAGGUCAAAGCAGAUGGACAUAAAGUCUACGGAGCCAUCCUGGUGGCAGUGGAGCGCCUGCUGAAGAUGAAGGCUCUAUCUCUGUCUCAGCCGCCUGAGGGGGGCUCCAGCGGUCAGCCAGGCUCCGUGGCGGGUGCUAUGGGUUACAUGGUGAGCUCCCCUGGCCUCAGCCCCCCUCCAGAGCCUCUGUCAGAGGCUGCCCUGGGAAUCGCCAGCCACCUUCAGGCAGGUGGGGCCGGCUGUCCCUGGGAAGAGUGGACCCCGGUCCCUCUCCCUGCCAUGUACUGUGAGCUCUACUCCUUCUUUGGAGACAGCCUGGCUGUCAGGUUUAGUACAGGGCCUGGUUAUGGCAGCUACCCUCCUUGUACCCCGUCCCAGCUCGGUGAUGCCAGGAAGGAACCUCCUGGCCCUGCCUCCAACCCUGACACCACCCGAAAGAUGCCACAGUUGACUGCCAACCUCAAUAUCAGCCCCAGGCAGGAUGGGAGUCCUCGCACAGAUCCGCCCCCACCCAGCCUGGCAGCUACCGGAUCAGGAAGGUCCCUGGCUCGCUCCUCCUCUGUGCAGCGCUCCAGAUCCUCCGCGUCACGUUCAGGCCAGCGCUCAGCAGGUCUGUCUCGUGACGUUUUCCCCAAAGCUCGCUUCACCUCUCCUCAGACAGGACCUCCGGCGUUCUCCUUCCUCAUCGGCGGGCGGCAAAUGGGUCGCCGUUGCCAAGGCCGCCGUCCCUUUCAGACCACUUUUGCCCCGACUCCUCCUCUUUCUGCCAUCCCACCGCGUGCCUACGCCCACAAACUGCCUGUCAUCGGCAGGGUGGGUAAACCUGUACGCCGCUGGUCGUGUUCCCAUUACUCCCUUCAUCUGCCUCUCUAGCGACGAGGGUCUCAGAAAUGAGCUACAGACUGCAUUGCUACAAAGGAGGGUUUGCCUACGACAGUCUUUAACAGGCCCAUAUUACUAUUUUUCGGCUUAAAAUGGCAAUAAUUGGUAAUUAAUGAUAUUUUCAUAGUUGAAAAUCGAAAUUGAUUCUGUUUUAUUAUCAAGGUGCAGAACUACAUUUGGACCGUAAUUCACUGAGACAACAAAAGUCUUUAUGGUCCAGUUCAAACUGAUUUAAAUCUACCAAGUGUAGUAUUUGAACAUUUCUGACCCCCAAGCGGUAGUGUCAAAGAAGACACUGGUGGACAGCACCACUCCACCGACGUAUCCAACACAUCACACAGACUGCACCAAAGUGAUGCUGGUGUAACGUUAGACCACAACAAUUAAAACACUAUACAUGCAGUUUUUGUUUUUUAUAGAUUAUUUUUCAGGCAUUUUCUAGCCUUUAUUUGACAGUCACAGCUGCAGAGACAGACGGGAAAGGUGUGAAAGAGAGGGUGGAUGACAUGCAGCAAAGGGCCGCGGGUUGGUAUCGAACCCGGGUUGCAGGACUCAGCCCUAAUGGUACGCACUCUACAAAGUGAGCUACUGGGGCGCCACAGUACAUGCAGCCAUAUUUUGGAUGUACUGCAAAUCAAAAAAACAAGCAAAUUAAGAAACACAUUUGACAAUACAUACGUGGCAAACAGAAAUGCACUGUAAACACAGAACACAAACAAAUAUGAAACACUGCAAGUGACACAGAACAACAGAAGUUUCCGAAGGAGACUUAACAUUGAUGAACACCCUGGUACUUUGUGAAAGGCUAAUGUUAGCUGGUGUUAGCCAAUAUCUCCAAUAAUAUCAGAAUGGUGCGAUCAGAAUGUUGAAACUAGAACUUUUUUAGCUAAUUUUCCAACAUCGCUGGUCAACAUUGUCCGAUUUUAGUGUUCCCCAAAAAUUUCCGUUAUGUUGUGAAUGACACAUUUGCUUUUCUCUAUUUCCAGCAUGUUUCUUUGUCAAGUAUGUGUUGUCAAAUUUAAAAUGUGUUUCUUAAUGGGUGUUUUUUUUAAUUUAAUUUUAUUUGCAGUCUUAAUCUUUCUUAAUCUGAUGUAUGUUUUCAAAGUUGGGAAAAUGUCUUCUUUGCGUUUUUUUUUCUUUGGUUGUGUUUUCUUAAACCUCCAAUAACUUAUUUUUUUUUUAGCCACUUGAGAGUAGAAGAAACCAACUGUGAACACAGUAUUGACUUAUUAUUAUUAUCUUCACCUUUAAGUUGAUGUAGUGAACUUGUUAGCAAAUAGUUGCUUAUUUACUCAUCCAGCAGUUACAGAGCAGCAUUAUUAUUAAUUGGUCUAUUAUUAGCUGGUCUGCCUGCUGUUUGCUGCUGAGCAGGUAGUGCACAGUGGGUUUAGCAGAGCUUUUGGCUGAAAACAGCUGCUGCUGCGGCCGAAAUCAAUGCUAUGAGAAUGAGAGCAGUGAGAGUGAACCAAAACAGUAAACGGGUGUAUGGGCGGGACCUCGAUACCGCGGCUCCAGCCCCGAUCACUACUGCGCAGACUCCGGCUCCAAAUGACGCCACCAGUGCAAGAUGGCAGCUCCCGUAGCUAGGAUAUAUGGGCUUCAUUUUUGUGCAGUGGGAGGAAGUGGAGACGCGUCGUCCAUCUUUAUAUACAGUCAAUAUUAAACCAACACUUAAUUCCAAAUUUAUGGCUGUAACUAACAAUCAUUCUCAUAAUUUCUGAUUUAUUUUUUAGAUUUUUCAGACUAAUCAUUAAGUCCAGAAAACAGAAAAAUGGCCAUCAUAAUAUUGAAUAUUUUUCUUGUCCAACCACCAGUCAAAAAGCCAAAUAUGUUCUCUUCAGAAUGAUAUAAAGAAGAGAAAAGCAGCAAAUGCUCAUAUUUGAGAAGCUGGAACCAGAGAAUGUUUUUGGCACUUUUGCCAUGUGCUUUUGAUACAUGAUGUAAAAGAUGAAUUGAUUGUUUUUGUUUGUAUUGGUUAAUUAAUGAGUCAAGUAAUCCUUUGAGCACGAUACUCUACACUAUAUAGAAUUAGCUGAGGGCUUAUCAUCAACCGUUGUACUAGUUUGGCCAAUUCUAUAAUGAAUGAAUACUGUAUGUAAUUACUGAUGGCACACCAGUGUAUCAGUCUAACCCUUCUGCAGCAUCAUUUGGUGGGCUCUGCUGAAGCUGGAGCUCAGACCUUAGUGUCAAACAGGAUCCCACACAAGAGAGUCUAGAAUAUGGGUGAAAAGUAUGGAGUGACCGGUAGGGUUGUUAUUUCUCUCCAAAGCCCUGAGACUGAAUACCUGCUGAGAACAGUGUUGGAGCAAAUGGACAGGUUAUAGGCCUGCCAAGUUUUGUAAUUUGAAAUCUUGUAUAUAGCUGCUGUUUUCAUUGAAUAAAAAAUUCUCUACUGUA